AAUUUUAUUAUAUAUCACUCCUUAACAUGUUCGAAAUUUUUUUUCCUGCCAACUGAAUUAAACUUAAGAAAAAAAAUAAAAAUAAAAAAUAUGUAUUUCAACUACUCCAACUAUAAAACACAUAUCUAAAUAACUUCACACAAUUUAAAAUCAACCGUUCGAUCUAAAAUAACUUGACACAAUUUAAAAUCAACCGUUGAUUAUAAAUCAAAUAAUCCACAUUAAUUAUUGUGUUAACUGCAUGUGAGAGUGACCCAUCCCUUUGAGAGCAUGACUAAGAAAGCACCGAGAAAAUGUCAAACAGAGAAAGAGAACAACAACGCCAUUCAUUAUUACUACACAAAAAAGGUGACAUAAAUGCCACCGCUAUCGUAAUCCAAUACGUUAGAUUGUCGAAGCCGAAACACGAAAAGUCAAUGGUCUUUGUCCCUUCACACGCACCAUAAAUACAACCCUCAAACUCCCAUUUCCCAUUCCACACUCCAACACACCAACAACAAUUUCACAAACAAAACCACAAACACAAAACAUAGAAAUAACAUGAAAGAUAUGAAACUAAUUUGGUCACCAGAAAGAGCAACAAACUCAUACAUAGACACAGUUCAAUCCGUAACAACCAAUAAUCUUUCCAAUGAAUCUGGUGUGGCGGAGCUGGUAUCAGCCAUGGCGGCAGGAUGGAACGCGCAGAUGAUAGUAGAAACAUGGUCACGCGGCGGAGCUAUUCCAACGAGUAUUGGUUUAUCUAUAGCAUCACGUCACACGUGUGGAAGACACGUGUGUAUAGUACCAGAUGAACGGUCAAGAUCAGAGUAUGCAAAAAGUAUGGGUGAAGCGGGUAUGUCGCCGGAGAUUAUGGUUGGUGAACCGGAGGAAGUUAUGGAGGGUAUAAUUGGAAUAGAUUUUUUAGUUGUUGAUUCUAGGAGAAAAGAUUUUGCUAGAGUUUUGAGGUUAGCUAAGUUGAGUAGUAAAGGUGCUGUGUUGAUUUGUAAGAAUGCCAAUUUUAUUUCUAAGAUGGAUUCUGGUUUUAUAUGGAGGAGUGUGGUGGCGCGUGGUUUAAGACGGCUUGUUAGGUCGGUCUUUCUUCCGGUUGGAAAGGGGAUUCAUAUGGCGCACUUUUCAGCUGCCGGUGGUGGUGGUGGUGGUGGUGGUGGUGAGAACACUGUUUCGGCGAUGAAGCAUAAGGGACGUACUCCCAACCGAUGGAUCAAACAUGUUGAUCAACGGUCAGGGGAUGUUCACUUUAUUAGAAAAUGAAAGAUCAAAGAUGUAUGUAUAUAGUAAUAGUAUUACCUUAAUUCCAAAAUCCAAAUCAUUUUUUUUUGGUUUCCUUCUCUGUAAAUAACUAAGGUUGAUUAUGAUUGUGGUUAGUAUUACUCUCGUAGUAGAGUAGUACACGGAAUAUAUAGUUUUCAUAUGACUAGGUGAAAAGACUGUUAAUUCCUAGCUUGAUCUUAGUUUAUGGCAAAUUUUGUUUAAUCGUUUACUUAUUUUAAGAUGAUAAAUACAAAA